UGUAACCGGUCCACCGAUCCGAACUGAAAACCGGUAGACCAGACCGGAAUCCAAAUAAAAAAAUGAGGACCGAAGGCGGGAUUGAAUAAGGACCUGCACUACAACCUCACUCAAGAGCAGCGGCGUAGACGACGUAUCAGAUCAGACCCUUUAACUCCUGACAUUGCUCUAAGCUUUCCAGCGAUGGCGUCGGCGGCCCUGUCUUGUCAACUCUCCUGCCCCAUCGCACCUCCUAACUUCUCCCUCCGCCGAUCUAUUCCUGGUUCGUCCACUCGCUCAGCCACUCAAUCCUUCCACACCAUCGAUUCUCGUCUACGCCUAGUGUGUUCUCGAAAAGGCUGCCGAUCCGUCGUCGCCAUGGCCGGAACUGGAAAGUGUUUUGUUGGGGGAAACUGGAAAUGUAAUGGAACAAAAGAGUCCAUAGUCAGGCUAAUAUCUGACUUGAACAGUUCGAAGCUAGAGCCUGAUGUUGAUGUUGUGGUGGCACCUCCUUUUCUGUAUAUUGAACAAGUGAAGAGCACUUUAACAGACAGGAUUGAGAUUGCUGCUCAGAACUGUUGGAUUGGAAAGGGCGGGGCUUUUACUGGAGAAAUCAGGGGGUAUAAUAUUAUUCUGCUUAAUUUUGGAGUUACGAGCAUGCCAUAUCGCAUAGCAUACUGCUGCAAAUCCAGCUUCUACCGUUUGUCUUUGCAGCCUUCCCUUGAUCAUCUUGACUUCCUCCAGCAUUUCUUCAUUGGUUUUCGCCCUCCAUUGGUGUUGCAACCACUUGCCAACAAUACUCUGGACACAUUUUGUAUANCUGAUCUUCAAUCCCACUUUCACACAACACACAGGUUGUGUCCAUCUCCAUAUAUUUGUUCAAUCUAUCUUUCGUAGGUACUCUGUUUUUCCAACACAACCAUUGGAAGAAUUGAUGUUUAGGAAUAGAGAGCUUAUUCCAUA